AUGUGGUGGAGCGGCGGCUUCAGCUGGCUGUGCCAUCAGCCGCAACCAGAAGGUUGUUUGGAUGAGCUGGAGGUAGUUAUUGCUCCGGACCCAUCCAGAGACAGCUUCCAGGACCCCUGGUGCGCGGAGUGCACGCCUGAGCCAGAGGCUGACAAGAGCGUUGAAGCUAUGGUUGUCGCAAAGAAGAUCCCAUGGCCGAUCAUCACAAAUGUGGUGGUUCCGUAUCUCACCGUCCGCGACUUUGUGCAGUUCCGUGCUGUGUGUCGACUACCUUCACAGACAAAGGCUCUGGUUGGUCACAUGGUCUACGUGACCAAGUCGGACAGGCCGGAGGCUCUGCUAGCUGGCUGGAGCUCAAAGAGCUCAGCGUCAGGGUCCUGCGGGUCCAGCGCGGCACAAGGACUCCAGUGCCUGUUUCGCCGCGGUGCGCUUGGGAGCUGGUGGGUGGCAAGCCCGGAAUCGAUUCACCAUGUGGUCCACUGGCUCUCCGGACACGCGCGAGAGGACGACCACUUGUGGCAGCUGUGCCUGGUUCUAAUGGAAGCGUGUCUGGACUGCGUACCGAACUGGUACGUCAGAGGCAGCUAUGCAAUGACUCUGCUGAACUGGCUUCAAUGGGAUUUGGUGAGCAAUGCCGACCGCACGUUUGCGUGUCGAAUCCUUUCUUCCAUAGAGCCUUUUCCACAUCUGUCGCCACGCCUGCAGAUUGUCCUUGGGAAGAUGCUUGAAAGUCUGGGCACUUCCCGACGCAACAAGAAGAAGGGCAAGAGGCACGAGCUGCGGAUGGAAGCAGAGGAGUGCAUCAGACGUUGGAAGUUGACGAUCCCGCAGUGGCACCUGUACCAAAUGCAGUACCGUUUGCACUGUUUGGGCGAGCGUUUGGGCGAUCGCGCUGGGAGCAUGAUGGUCGACUCACUCGACUCGGCGAUCCUGGCCGCAAGCGCUGCUUCUGAUUGGCUCAGAGGCCGUUUCUCAUCUGGCGUUUAG